GCACCCUAACACUGAUAAGAACUUAAAAUUGUAACUUUCUCCCAAAAAUAUUAUAGUUUCAGGUUAAAAUCAAGUUUUGACAUAUUUUUAUUGCUUAUUAUUGUUGCUAUAUACUCAUUUCGUGGCUGUCAAUUUAAUAAUCAGAAAAGAUGUCUUUGACAUUUCAGCAAAUUAUAUUAGAUGCAAAGAAAUUAGUGGGUCGAAUAUCCGAUCAAGAAAGCAAAGCUGAUAAUUUAAUUUGUGAAAUUCAAUCAGUUUGCACACAAAUUGAUGGAAUGAAGCAGUAUCAGGAGGAGGUUGAAGUUUUAAACGCUGAAGCGAAACAAACUUCUCAUUUGCAAGUGAUUGCCGGUAUUCAACAAGAAAAUAGACAUCUUAGGGAAAUUCAAGCUGAAAAUCGUGAAUUAAAAAGUGCUCUUGAAGAUCAUAAAAGUGCUCUCGAAUUAAUUAUGUCGAAAUAUCGUCAACACACUUCAUCACUGUUGAAACAAUGGAAACCAGAUUAUACAUCACUCUACAAUUCUAAAUAUGCAAAUAUAAUAACAAGUCAAGCGGAGAAAAUAAAUGAAAUGGCAGCUGUAAUGAAAACCGCAGCCGCAUUAGACGAGGAAAAUGAAAUGAAAGAAAAGGAAUUAAUAGCAAGAUUAAAGGAAGAAAAUAUUGUUCUUCGACAAAUUGUUGAUGUUGCAAAUAAAUGUGGUUCUUUAAAAAAUGAUCCACCCACGGAAAACAAAACAGUCCAAACAGACGAAUAAUGUAAUUUCAUUUUAUUUUUAGAUUCAUUGUUUGUUUCUGUUUUUUUUUUUUUUUAAUUUCAUUAUUUUUUCUACAUUGAAUGAAUGAAUAUUUAUUAUGUUAUGUAUAAAUUGUGUGAGAACGGAAUCAAAUUCACGAAAAAAAAAAAAAUUGUUUCUCAUUCAUUUUUAGUUUUUCAAUUUUUCGUAGAGAAAUAAUUUUUUAAAUUUUUUAUUUACGUAAUAUAGACUGUUGUCGAAAAAAAGGCGUCAUUACGUUUUGUAGUCGAAGAAAAACCGAAAAUAUUUUUGGCUAAAUUUUCACCUCUACAUGUGAUGCAAUAUAAAUAUAUAUAUAUAUUUUUGUAACUUGAAAGAUUUAACGGUAUUUCUUCGCUAAACAAAAAUUGUGAAUGAAGAUGAUAAUAAAAUUAUUGAUAUUAUUUUAAAAAUUAAUUUCAUUAUAUUGUUAAAACAAUUAAUGAAUUUUAAUUUUAAUAAUUAAUAUUUGAAUAAUUAUUUAAUAUAAUAAUAAUUCUUGAAUAUUAAUAAUUUAAUUAUAAUAUGAUUUCUAGUUUAUAAAUAGUGAUUUUAGAAAAAUUAUGAAAUAAUUAUAUUAAUUAUUUUAUAAUUUUAAUAUUAAUAAGAAAUUUUAUUAUAGUAUAAUGAGAAAUUUCAAUAAAAAUAUUUUCAAAUUUGCUUUUAUUAUUAUACUAUAAUUAAUUAUUUAAUUAUUAAAUUAGGUAAAUACAUGAAAUGUAAUUGAAUAAUAAUUUGAUCAUAAUAUAAUUAAAAUAUUAAGAAUUGGUGAAAAAAUUGAAAUAGAAAAUUUUGAUUUUUUUUUUUUGGAUUCAAAUAUGUGCCGUGUCAACGUGAUGAAUUGAUUCCAGUUUGUGAACGAUGUAAUUAAAAAGAUAAGCGUUUCAUGCGAAGCAUUUGUAAAAUAGAUUACUGAUAUUAAUAUAUUAUAUUGAAAAAAA